CUGGGGAGGAGGGAGACAGCGGGCUGGAUGGGCCCGUGGCCACAGAGGCGGGGCUCGGGCAGUUCCGGGCUGUGGGGAGGCUGUCCUGAAGGCCUGCCUGCCUCUGCCCAGGCGGGGUGCUGGCCCAGGUGAGGCCCCUGGCGCCUGGCACAGGUCCCCAGGCUCCGCGCCUGGAGGAGGAGUCCCAGUAUCAGACGGACGCCAGGGUUUCUCUGGCAACAUCAGGGUGGCUUCCCUCCCAGCCUGGCGCCUGGCCUCCCGCGGGCCCGGAGGCCUGGGUGUCCUGGUCCCCGCGCUCCGCUUGCUGCCCGCCUCUGGGCCACGGCCGCUGCCCAGUGCCCUCCCAGCUUCCAGCGGGGAAGACAGGCUCUGCCCACUGGCGGCCGAAGAUGACGCCAUGGCGGCCGUGAGCUGGCCCGAACCCCACCAGCAGGCAGGCGCCCUGCGGGGACCUCCCGCUGCGGCCUGGCCUGACCACACUGAGGAGCCUGGCCGGCGGGGGCAAGUCUGCAGCGUCCCCAUGUGGUUGACCGACGAAGAGACCCAGGAUGGGGACAGUUCCGUGUCAUCGGGCCGCCUCUCCGGCUCCUCGGGGGGCCACGAGUCGUGCACCCCUCCCCACAGGACUUGGACUGAGAGGGCCCCCCAGGUGCCGAGGCCACCGCGGCAGCCGAGAGAGAGCAACCCCCGGCUGGAGCAGCUGAGGGACAAGAUCCGGGCCCAGGCCCAGCGGCAGGCCAGCUGCGCCUCGCUGGGCACCUCGACACCCUCCAGCGCCUCAUACUUCUACAAAGCCCCCACACCAGCGCCCCGGAGGAAGGCCCGAAAGCCGUCAAACCCCCCACCAGCCCCGGCCUACCCAGGCAUCCUGAGUGGAACUGAAAGUGGAGUUGAAGAGAAGGCAACCCCUGGCCAGGGACGUGAGGCCUCCAGGGUCUCCCUGAACCAGGUCUCAGUUGCACAGGAAAAAACCAAAAGGAUGAAAAGUAGUUCUUGCAAAACAGAGAAGGCACCCAAGCCGCCUGCCCCUAGGAGAGCUGCCAAAGACACAGAUCACAGCAAGAAGGUUGGAGCCACUGAGAGCUCCCCUGUCCACCCCCAGACGCCAAGUCCAGCCUCUGUCCGCAGUGACCUGCAGAUGCCCUCGGAAAACGUGCCCACCCUGGCUUCCCGCGAUCCACCCGUGAACGUCCAGGCUGCUAUGGCCGUCCUUCGAGACCUCCGCCAGCAAAUCCAGGCCGGGCUGGAGCUGGCCCGGGCCCGCCACACGAGCCGAGGGCUGGAGCUGCGUGACCUGGCAGGGAGGAGGCGGCCAGGCCCCUGGAAACCCCCAGACGUCGGGGGUGCCUUCUGGAAGAGCCCUGGGGCCCCGAAGGACAGGCUGCCCGCUUCUGAGAGGGCUGGGAGCCUCCCUGCUGCACAGCGCUGGAGCCCUGUGGCCGGGUGGGAGUCCUAUCCACACAGGACCUGGGUGGCCCCAGGACGGGACACCUCCUUCCAGAGAUGCGUGAGCCCCACCGAAGGGCCGAACUCCUUCCCGCAGCGGCCCUGGAGCGCCUCGGCCAGGCAGGCCUCCUGCCCACCGAAGACCUGGGCUUUCCAAGGACGAGACCCCUCCUUGCAGAGGCCCGGGAGCCCCCCCGAAAGGUGGGUCCCCUUCCUGCAGCGGUCCUGGAGCGCCUCGGCUGGGCAUGCCUGGGGUCCACAGAGGGCCUGGACUGCUUGUGAAGACCCGGCAGACCCCGCCCCAAGGCCAUGGAGCCCUCUGGAAAGGCCGAGCCAACCCACCUGGCGGCCCUGGAGCACCUCCUUCACACAGGGGCCCAGCCCCCUGUAUCAGGGCAGGGGUCCCCUGUGGACCCCCUCGGGGGCCAAGCUCGCCUGGCCAAGGCCCAGCCAGGGUGCCCUUCGGAAUGCACCUGAGAAGGAGAAUGAGGUGCGGCCAGCUCGGCCUUGCCCCAAGCCCCGGGGGGCCCUGGGCCCCCUCCACGGCUCCGAGUCCCUGCGUGAGUUCAUGCGCCAGAAGACUGCAGCCUGGCGGCGGCAGGCCCUGGAGGAAAAGGCCUCGGCCAUGCGCUCCCUGGAGCUCAGAAACCAGAGGCUGCAGGGCACCCACAGGAAGCAGAGGGAGGCCGUGCUGGGCAGAGCCGUCCCCGUGGUCUCCCAGACGACCCCCGGCAUCGUGACCUUCGUCCCGCACGCGGCACAGUCCAGGGAUCUGGACGCCGCCACCGGGCCAGGGGCGCCGGUGCUGCACUGGAGCAAGGUGACUUCCGGCAUGGUGCUGGGGGACCAGGAGGCCCCGGGCAGCUUCUGCCUGUGUUUGAACAGAGCCUUGAACCCCACCAAGACUCUGGAGGUGGGAGGCCCCCAGGAUGGCUGGGAGGGCGCACCCUUGCUGAUGCCGGCCAGCUCCUCCCUGGGGCCCCUGAAGUUCCAGGACCUGAGUACGCACUGCCGGAGCCCGGGUCUCUGCAUCUACCUGGACCCUGAGGAGUCGGAGCGCCUGGGCAUGCCGGGGCCCCUGCACUUCCGGUACAAGCAGGCCCGGCUGCAGGCCCUGGAGACCAUGGCCAACAUCCUGAAGCAGCGGAUCGAUGUCCUGACGGACAAGCUGCGCCGCUCCGAGGCAAUGGACGCGCUGGUGGGGCCUGGCCCGGGGCUGCUGCCCUCCAGCUCCAGCACGCCGGCCUGCCCCGGAGCCCUGGUGCCCAAUGUGGGCCAAGGGGUGCCUGGGGACUGGGCAGGGCUGCAGGCCAGGCCGCUUCUCUGCACCCCUGGCUUCCUGGACACGGAGACGGUGCGCUGGAGCCCUGGCUGGGAGCGGCUGCAGAGUGCGAGCCCCAGGGCCCGCCACGCCAGCGAGCCCAUAGGUUUCACGGACAAUGGACGCUCCGAGCUGGACGGGAGGCUGGCAAGAAACGUGGCUUCUUUCCAGGCCCUCAGCCCCUUCCCAGGGAGCUCACUCGGGGUGCCGGCCACGCCGGACCCCUGCGGCGGCUCCCUGCGGCUGGAAGAGACGCACUCGGCCAGAGGGGCAGGCUUGGUCGCGCCCUGGACCCUCCGGAGCUGUGGUCCGCUGUCUGAUGUCCAGCAGGAGUCGCUGAGCUUCCUGGAGUCCCUGAAGCCGGACUGGCGGGAGCAGGGGCAGGCGCUGGCCCUCCUUCGGCGGCAGGCGGAGCUGGAGGUCUGGGAGGCGCAGAAGGCCCUGGGGGAGCUGCUGUCUAGACCCAGGCUGGAGCCGCUGAGGGAGGAGCACUCGACCCAGGCCAGGCCAGGGGCGGCCCUGGAGCUGGAGCGGCCGCAGGUGCGUGUGGAUCUGGAGGCGAGGACCUCUCAGAGUGCCGCGGCAGCCAGAGCCAGCUCACAGCCACUCCUGGGCCGAGACGCGGCCACGCCCUCCCCGAGUCCCCAGGAUGGAAAGAAGAGUUGGGCGGAUGCGUCAGCUCACGCGGAGCCUGUGCAGGAAGGGAGACCAGCCCAGUCCCCCUCCCAGCUGCCUCCAGCCAGACUCUGGGAGGAACCCAGGUUCCAGGGGAGCCGGACGGGGCCCCGGAGCGCGGCGCAGGUACCCUUCAGCCGCUUCGCGAUCCAGAUGCUGGAGCAGAGCCUGCGGGAGGAGGACCUGCGCGCGCGGCACCAGGCCGCGCUGCUGCGCCUGCGCGAGAAGGCGCUGCAGGAGAAGACGCGCGCCGAGCUGGCCUGGCUGGAGCACCGGCGAGGGUAUCUGAACAGCAUUGGCAGCUACACAGCGCUGGUGGCCUUGGCAGAGAAGCAGAACCAGGCCCUCAGCCACCUUGAGCGGGAGCUGAGGGGCAUCCGGUACCUGCGGGCCCUUCACCUGUCCUCUCACCGAGAGAGGAAGCUGCUCCUGCAGCAGCAGAAGGACAUCGUCUCCGUGCAGAGGUCUGCAGCCCUCCUGCAGCAAGAGCUUCAGGACCGGACGCGGCUGCCUCAGAGUUCCAGCCCUGAAGUCAAGGCCAGGCGGGAGAAGGGCACCGAGACAAGCCCCCAGCAGCCGGAGGGGCCAGCCCGGGGCUCCUCACAUGCCUGGCACACGCCUGGCAGCCCCCUUGGCCAGUACCCUCAGAGGAGCGCGAGCCCGCCAGUCCCGCACCUGCUCAGCGAGCCGCGGGACAGGACACCCCCUCCAGCAGCUUCGGCUGCGGACGGUCACCCAUGUCCUCCGACGCUGGUGUGGGACGAGGAUGCACCCGCAGUGGCCGGCCGACCUGAUGCCGGAGGCCAACCCCCGGAGAGCCACGGCCACACGAGCCAAGAGCCAAGGGGGCAGCCUGGUGUCCCUCUGCCGGGCCUUCUGCGGGCGACCUCCCUGGACACAGGACGGCCACCAGGCCCAGCCUUUCCUACACAGGCGGGCGACAUGGAGGGGAGCCUCCCUGCUGCUCAGAUCUGGUUCCUGCCGAUGAAGGAGCUGCCCCCGGGAGACCCCCAGACCAGCCCCAGCCCCCGGCAAACAGAGGAAAAGGCCCGGGCUCUGACGGGAAGCCUAGCAUCAAGCUUCCAAGGCCAGAGUCGACCUUCCCUGAGUGCAGGGCGUCCCCACAGCCCCCAGGAAGCCCGUCAGGUGGCUGAAGGCGGCGGGAGUCCAGCAGGGCCAGAACCGGGGCUGGACUUGGCCAGCAGCUCUGCGGAGGGGCCUGCAGCGAUGGAGGCUGCUCAGAGCUGCUCAUGGGAGCAGAGGGUAGAGACCUUUCAGCAGAAGAACCCCCACACCCCUUUCUCCUGCCCAGAAGCUGCCCUGCUGACCAUGUCUCCAGGUGAUGCUCCCACCCCUUCAAGGGCCCCCCCCUUGCGUGAGGCCCAGUCCCCAGCAGCUGAGAUGGCAGCACCCCCAGCCCCGCACGAGGGCAGCCCCCCGGCCCAGCUCAUGGCCCUCUGGGACCUGGGCUCCGAGCCUGAGUCCACCCCCAGCGCCUGCUCAGGGGUGUCUUCUCCACGGUCCACUGCUGCCUCCUCGGGGAGCCUCCCGUCCUGCCCUUCUCUCCAGGAGUUUCAGAAAGCAUCCGCCAUCCUGGUCCAGCUUUCCGAGAGCCCCACCUCCCUCUCGGAUGGGGAAGCUGGGGACACUGUGGACACAGACCUCAGCUGGGCUGGGGGGCUCCCUGCUCCAGAAUCCUGGGGGUUCCACCAGGGCAGAGGGCCAGAGACCCGGGAGGGGCUGGAGGGUACCAAGGCCCUUCCCGGGCACGGCUCUGGCACUGGGGCGGGUGGUCUGGCUCCGGCAGGAGGUCUCCCCAUUGCCCAGUCUCUGUGGUUGAGGUCAGAGCAGUCCAAGCUGUCCAGCGAGGUCUGGGGCCGGGAGAGCCCGCAGGACCCUGGUGCCGGUGCCGGGCCAGCCCCAGAGCACUGCUCACCCGCAGGACGCACAUCCCACUUGGAACAGGCUGGGGUGCCCCUUGCCCUGCCUCCCUUCCUGGGCCCAGGGGAGGGGCGGGAAGAUUCUGGAACCAGUGGGAGCCCGACCAGUGGAUCAGACACAGGAAAAGCCCAGCGGAGGUCCCGGGAGGCUGCAGGAGCGAGGCUCCCAUCCCAAACCUCUUCCUCGGGUGAUUUCCACUUGACCCUUUCCUUCCCCUCUGGGACCUCGGCCUCUGAGUUUGGCAAAAGAGGAGAGACGGGGCCUCCGCAGGCCUCAGGUGGCUGCCCAGAGGGGCCCUGGGGCACUCACCAGAGUCCUUCCACUGAUGGGAAACCUCUACAGACCUCCUCUGAGCCUGAGGUCCUCUUGAUGCCAGGGGCUCCUCCUGGGGACCUGGGUGGGCAGGCAGCCCAGACAGCUGAUAGCCGGGCCCCUGGGCGCGGGGGGAGCAGAGCGCCCCCUGUCCUGGAGGAAGCCUGCACUUCUCUGGCCGGCGGUGUCUUGCCUGAGAUCCUGUCCCCGGUGGACGAGGCGCUGUCCUACGGCAGCUUCGACCUCCCGUCCUCCACCCAGAGGGACUCUCGCCUCCCUCCUCUGCCUCCCAUCCUCCCAGCAGACGGGGAGGCCGACCCUGCCAGCCCCCACUCAGAAGACUUCCCCACCCCGCCCGAAGAUGCCGUGUGUCCUGGGGGCUUGCUGGACUCCCCAGGGGAAGCUGCCUCCCUCAUUAUGGGAGAGUGGUCCUCCCUGUCUGGGGAGAGUCUGUCUGAGUCACCGUCCCCGGGGCCCCAGGAGGAGGCUGGGCUCUGCCUCGGGGUGGUGGGACAGGGCAGAAGCCUUGGGGGAGAAUUGGGUGAAUCAGGUUCUGUUGGGAGGGACCAGGCCACGGACAGCCACUUGUCUGAACCGGUCAGCUUGGGGUCUCCCUGGUGUGGGGGAGCAGGGGAUGCCCCGGGGCAGCUCCCAGUGCUGUCAGCCCAACCCCUGACCCUGUCCAGAGUGGCCUGUGCAUCUGUGGGGAGCCUGGCGGCUGGGGACCCAGGGCUGCCUGGCUCCGGGCAGGGGGACCCUGCUCCGGCUCUGGGCGCAGGACCGCGCACUGCCCUCCCGGGCGUGGAGAGAGCUGAGGUGGUGGACCUGCUGUCCGCCCAGCUCAGCAGCAGGAUCCUGAGGGACACCCUGGCCGUGCUCUCGGAGGCAGCCCCAGCAGGCAGCCUGGCGACAGAGGGGCCCGCGGGGGCCGGCCGGGUCACACGGGCUCACACGGCGGCCACUGGGCGGUCGUGGGAAAGCCUGGACUUCUGAGAAGAAGGGGCGGUGGUGGGGGGCUGUGGGGACACAGACGCUGUCUGUGAGAGCCCCCUGCCUGGCUGGCCGUCGAACGAGGCCUCCUAGACACAGCAAGGCCCCGGACACGUCGCCACGUGACUGUGCGUGAACGUGUGUGUGUGUGUGGGCGUGCCGGGGGCCUCAGGAGAGGCCGAGAGGAGAGUGCGGCUUUGUGGGGUCGGGGAGGCCAGAUGCUGAGGCUGGGGGUUUCGUCUGCGCUGACACGCCCUCUUGGAUUUGCCUCGUUGGGAAACCUUCGGCCGGGAUGUUUGCCUGCCUCUGAUUUCUAAAGGGUAAACCUGGCGCCUCCAUGACAUCCAGCUGGCGACCCCGGGCUGGGAGGUCAGUGUGCGUCCCCUCGUGCAGAUUAGAGGAGGCGGCAGCUCGGGGAGAAGGUGAUUUCGCCCGCAGCCAGGUGACCCUCCACCCGGCCUCUGGGCUGGAGUGGAUCCCGGCCUCCCUGAGGGUGUGCAGGACGCCUCCCAGAAGAAAUGAGAGCCCCUUGCCAGGCUGGCUGUCGAACUGGCUCUCCUGGACGCAGCAGGGCCCUGGUGGGUUCCAGAGGCGGCGGCGUGUGGGCGCCUGCAGGGACGGCCUCGCAGGCAUCCCCUUACGAGAGCGCCUGUCCCCCUCAGCACCAGACUCAGGCAGGCGUCCAGGAAGUUGAUGCUGAGUCAAGCAUGAAGAGGGGUUCCUGUGGGAAGGAAGUGGGGAGAGGCUGAGACUGGGUGAGACAGCCGGGCGCAGGCCCGCAGGGACGCGGGUCUCAGUAGACUGGGCAGGGAGAGCCCUCGGGCCACCUCGGGGUGAGACCAGGGCAGCUGACCUUCAGGGCCAGGCCACUGCAGCACUUACCUCUCCCCGCAGCAGCCGCCCCACGAGCCGCUGAUGGGCUCUGAGGGGUCCCUGCAGCCCCCUCCUCCCCCAGAGCCCUGCAGGAGCGCCACCGUCGCCAGGGCACAGGCAGGUUCAGCCCGCCCCCCGCGUCCUGUCGCCAGUUCCAGAGCGUUUUCUGCAGCCACAGUGAGGGCCCGCGCCCCACCUUCCCCAGAAGGAGCAGAAGGCUGCAUCGUGUGUGUGUGUGUGUGUGUGUGUGUGUGUGUGUGUGUGUGUUGGUUCUAAUGCGAGAGCGCCUCUAAGCUUGUGCUCCAGGGAAUUCACUGGGAACCAACACAAUGUCUUCUCAACGCCCCUGCUCUGUCCCUGUCUGUCCGCAUGGGGCUGUCUCAUUUCAAUAUUGUCAGUCUUUCUCUCCUGAAUUAUCAUCUGUGCACUUGGAGGAGAAGUAGCUUUUCAAUGAGCCCAACAAUCAGCUCUUUCAUAAAAGGAAGCAGGGACUUCCCUGGUGGUCCAGUGGUUAGGGCUCUGCACUUCCACUACGGGGGGUGGGGUGGGGGUGUGGGUUCAAUCCCUGGUCGGGGGACUAAGAUCCCAUAUGUCACACAGCGUGGUCUAAAAUUAAAACAAAUAAAAGGAACCAGCUUUCACGUCGGCUUCUAAACUUGUGACGUGGUUAGGAUUUCUUGAGAUAAGGCUCACUUACGCUGUGCUCAAUCUCUCAGAAGUUACUCUCCAUGUCCUACAGCAGGCUCUCUCCCCGUCUGUCAUCUAAACCGGCCAUCAGUUAUCCGUAUGGGCUUCCCAGGUGGUAAAGAAUCUGCCAGCCACUGCAGGAGACACGGGAGACCCCGGUUCAACCCCUGGAGGAUCCCCUGGAGGAAGACAUGGCAACCCACUCCAGCAUUCCUGCCUGAGAAAUCCCACGGUCAGAGGAGCCUGCCAAGCUACAGUCCGUGGGGUCACAGAGAGUCAGGCGUGACUGAGCGCGCACAUCACGUAUCUACUGUCGUCUAUUUAUUGUCUAUCCCUCAUCUAUCAUCUAUAGCACCUAUCGAUCGUCUGCCUGCAUCAACUAUAGCAUCCGCCCCGCCAUUUCCAGUUCUCAAACUGGAAAAUACCUGCUGGACAGGGAGUCCAGAAUCAAGCAGUUGGCGGCAUGUUGGCCUAAGGGACAUCGACGUCCUGGUGCUGGUCCAGGAUAUGACCCCCGUGAGACCCUGGGAGGUCGGCUGUCAGGUCAGAGUGACAGGAGCCCCUCUCCUGCAGCCCUCACUGCAGUGAGGGGAACUGAUUCACUUAGCAUUUAUAGGACCCGGGGGAAGAGACCCAGACUUUCCAGCACUUGUCGAUUAGAGUGGGCGGCGUCUCCAAAGCUGGCCUGGCAAAGCCCCCAGUGCUGCCUCUCAGACCCCGGGGAACCCUGCAGGCCAAGGCAGGAACUGCCUACCAUCGUCACCAGGCUCCAGCCUCUAGGGCAGCCACUCCGAGGGCCCGCCUCACCGGCCCAGCCGGCAUCACACACCAGCUCACGCAGGACGGGAUCACGGUCCCGGGGAGCAGCGGUCACGACAAUCCAUGUUGAUGCGACGCCCGAUGUCCCCAAGCCCGCCUGAGCGCACAGGAGAGGUUUGGGUCCACUGGGGGGAAAACGUGUGUGCAUUCUCCGUGUACGCAAUUUCAGAACAAAUUUUGAGCUACAGCUUUCUUAUUGAUUUCCCCCUAGUUUUCUGAACAAAUUAGUCCGUGAUUUUUUAUUUUUUUUCUCUAUUUAUCGCUGACCCUUUUGGAUUUACGAGGCUGUAGGAGAGGAAUUAUGUAUUUUACACACAUCACGUUCGGUCAUAAAUCUCCCACAUGGAAACCUGGCAGAUUUGCCUCAGAUUCAAUAGUCUUGGGUCUGGCCGCUACGGGCGGGGCCUGGUAGCUGAGCACCAGACACGGCCAUGCCCGCAGCUGGACUCGGGGCCUCCUGGGUGCCCAGCAGGCGCGUGUGUCCCUGGAGUCACUUUGUGGCCCCGUGGCCCCUUACCCUUGGAGGGAGUCUGGUCAAGGAGGACUUGUAUGAAGACCCUUGCCUUCUCCUUCCCAUGACAGCUGGAUCCAGGGAGCUUGGGGUUAUCCAGCGACCGGCCAGAGGAGGAAGACUGUCCACCAAAGGUGUCGGACGUGCUUAAUCUCCGCUGAUGUUACGUGUGUGGAGCUGAGGGCUGUGGUAUUCAGAUAUAUUGACCCGAAGCAAGACUUCAAUUUCAAGAUUGCUCCCUCCAAGGUCUCACCGUGCUCGCCUUGGCUCCAAUCCCUGUAGCCUCUUGGGCCAAUAAAUCUUGAUACCAGCC